AGCACUUCCGGGGUCGGUCGGUGGAGGAAAACGGGUGGGGGGGCAGGUUUCGGAGAGAAAACACCGCACGGCGCUGUGAUUGUGAGGAAAUUAAGCGCUGCAGAAGUUUGUUAAGGCGUUUAGCUGAAGGAUGAACUUCUUCAGGGGUGUGAUGGGAGGACAGAGCGCCGGGGCGCAGCCCUCUGGAGUGGAGACUAUCCAGAAGCUGUGUGACCGUGUGGCCUCGUCCACGCUGCUGGAGGACCGCCGAGACGCCGUCCGCGCUCUCAAGUCCCUCUCCAAGAAGUACCGUAUGGAGGUGGGGACGCAGGCGAUGGAGCAUCUGAUCCGUAUAUUACAGUCGGACCGGUCCGACUCUGAGAUCCUGGGUUACGCCCUGGACACGCUGUACAACAUCAUCUGCAGCGAAGAGGAAGAGGAACAAGAUGAAUCGGAAGAUGAUGGACAGAGGAGGCAGGAGGACGAUGUUGGUGUUCAGUUUGCUGAUAAGUUUAUUCAGGAUCAGGAGAACGUCACGCUGCUGCUGUCUCUGCUCGAGGAGUUUGAUUUCCAUGUGCGGUGGCCCGGUGUGAAGCUCCUGACGGCUUUGUUGAAGUGUCAGUGUGCUCAGGUUCAGGGCAUCGUCCUCAUCAGCCCUAUGGGCGUGUCCAGGUUGAUGGAUUUACUCGCUGACUCCAGAGAAGUGAUCCGUAACGAUGGUCUCCUCCUGCUGCAGCAGCUAACUAAAGGAAACGCUGCCAUCCAGAAGAUCGUGGCGUUUGAGAACGCUUUUGAGAGACUGCUGGACAUCAUCACUGAGGAGGGGACGAGCGACGGAGGCAUCGUGGUGGAGGACUGCCUGCUCCUGUUGCUGAACCUCCUGAAGAACAACAGCUCCAAUCAGAACUUCUUUAAGGAGGGUUCCUUUAUCCAAAGGAUGAAGCAGUGGUUCCAGUUGGGGGAGGAGAGUGGGGGGGGCUGGUCCGCUCAGAAAGUCACCAACCUACACCUCAUGCUGCAGCUGGUGCGUGUGAUGGUGUCUCCAGUGAACUCUCCCGGAGCGACGGCGAGCUGUCAGAAGUCCAUGUUCCAGUGUGGUCUGUUACAGCAGCUCUGUACCAUACUGAUGGCUACCGGUGUUCCUGCUGAUAUCCUCACUGAGACGAUCAACACCGUGUCUGAGGUCAUCCGCGGCUCACAGGUCAAUCAGGAUUACUUCGCCUCCGUAAACGCGCCAUCCAACCCGCCACGGCCUGCGAUCGUGGUGUUGUUGAUGUCGAUGGUGAACGAGCGCCAGCCCUUCGUCCUGCGCUGCGCCGUGCUCUACUGCUUUCAGUGUUUCCUCUACAAGAACCACAAAGGACAGGCUGAGAUCGUAUCCACUCUGCUGCCUUCUACUAUAGACGCUCAGUCGAUCUCGGCCGGUCAGUUGCUGUGUGGAGGUCUGUUCUCGGCGGACUCGCUCUCUAACUGGUGUGCGUCGGUAGCAUUAGCGCACGCUCUACAUGAUAACUCCAACCAGAAGGAGCAGCUGCUGAGAGUUCAGCUGGCCACCAGUCUGGGGAAACCUCCCAUCUCUCUACUGCAGCAGUGCACCAACAUCCUGUCCCAGGGUGAUAAGAUCAGCCGGAAGGCCGAGUCUGAACAGGUGAAGAUCAAGGGCAGUAAGGUGCAGACGAGGGUAGGUCUCCUCAUGCUGCUGUGCACGUGGAUCAGUAACUGCCCCAUCGCCGUCACACACUUCCUCCACAACCAGGAGAACGUCCCUUUUCUGACGGCUCAGAUCUCGGAGAACCUGGGUGAGGAUGAGAGGCUGGUGCAGGGUCUGUGUGCUCUUCUGCUGGGAAUCUGCAUCUACUACAACGACAACUCGCUGGAGAACUACACCAAAGAGAAGCUGAAGCAGCUGAUUGAGAAGAGAAUCGGGAAAGAGAACUUCGUGGAAAAGCUCGGCUUCAUCACCAAACAUGAGCUGUACUCGCGCGCCGCUCAGAAACCUCAGCCCACCUUCUCCACGCCGGAGCACAUGCUGUUCGACCACGAGUUCACCAAACUGGUCAAGGAGCUCGAGGGUGUGAUAACAAAGGCCGUGCACAAGUCCAGUGAGGAGGAGAAGAAGGAGGAGGAGGUGAAGAAAACACUGGAGCAGCACGACAGCAUCGUCACUCAGUACAAAGAGCUGAUCAGAGAGCAGGAUGCUCAGAUAACCGAGCUGAAGGAGCAGGUGUCGGGGUUGACGUGUCAGAAGGAACAGAUGGAGAGCACCAUCACACAGCAACUGUCUCAGAUCCAACAACACAAAGACCAGUACAACAUCCUCAAACUCAAACUGGGCAAAGACGGAGCAGUGUCUCAGGCUGAUGUUCAGGUGAACGGUGUUCAGGUGGAGGAGCUCACUGCGCUCAGAGUGGAGCUGGAGGAGUUACGCACACAACACACACUGCUGCAGACACAACUCACGGAGAAGGACACACUCAUCACCAGCCUGAAAGCAGAAGCAGCUCAGUCAGCAGAAGGAGCAGCGCCUGCAUCAGAAAACACAGAACUACUGAAGGAGGUGGAGGCUCUGCGGGCGCAGGUUCAGAGUCAGCAGGCUGAGAUCUCCCAGCUGCAGAGUGAAAGACACGAGCUGCAGCGAAGAACCCAAACUGUGUCAGGGUCCGAAGCAGAAACAGCUAAACUCAGUGAGCUGGAGCAGAGACUGUCAGCACAAACGGCAGAAACACAUCGACUGCAGGAGGAGGUCCGGACUCACUCGGACAGCAGGGCACAGUUGGAGAAGGAGUUAGCGGCGGCUAACAGCACGGUGGCCAUACUGCAGACGGAGAAGGCUAAGCUUCAGCAGGAAGUGAGCGAGUCGAAGAAGGAGCAGGACGACCUGCUGAUGCUCCUCGCUGAUCAGGACCAGAAAAUCCUCUCUCUCAAAAAGAAACUUAAAGACCUCGGAGAGACGAUCGAGGACGAGGAUGAUCUGGAUGCGAGGGACCAGUCUGAUGAUGAUGAUGAUGAUGAAGAAGAGGAGGAGGAGGAGGAAGAUGACGAAUAGAGAGAGAGACUGAGUAGAAUUCCGGGGAAUAAAAGUCGUUUUGACCCGUUUAAUCCUGACACUAAUACGAGGAGAGAUAAAGGGUCCGAUUUCUUGCCGCAGAAUCGCUGUUCAUUUUUAGCUUUUAUUUGUUUAUUUCCUGUUUGCUAAUGCCACUCUACCAUCAUGUUUGUUCAUUUGUACUCAGAACAUUGUUUAGUGGAGCAACUCCAUUAAAAAUGCUAAUGUGGCUAGCAGUGACUGGACUCUAAUAGCUACCGAUUAGCAUGAUACCUGCUGAGUAUUUCCUCUUUUAUUUAAUUCAUUCAGUUAAACAUUGUUUAGCAAAAUAGUUCCACAGAGCUGGUGCUGCUAACAAGAAGCAGUAGCCACCAAUCAGGAAAUGCUGCUACCAAGGAACAUGAGCUAAUAGCUGCCAGCUAGCAUGCUAUCUGCCUUUGUUGUUUCAUUCAUUAGCAACAUUAGCAUUUUCAACUGAUUUAAAAUAUAUAAAAUAUAAAUGACUUCAGAUGAGCGUCUGGCUGUCGUUGAGAAAAAUGUUACUAAUAAUUGAAAAUUAGCGUAACAUCAUCUGCAUAUUCGAUUUAAUUCAUUGCUAGCAACGUUACCAUUUUGAGCUGAAUAGAAAUAUUAAAAUAUUAAAAUGUACAUCCAGUUAUAAAUAAUAAUGCUAAUGUUGCUAACAGUGAGGAAUCUAGUGUCAGGCAUGAUGUCAUCAAAACUUUAUUGAACUCUGAUGUUAAACAAUGCUUAAUCUUCACAAUUGUACAUUUCAAAAGAAAAAAAUCAUCAAUCUGUAAUAAUAUAUAAAUAUAGAACAUAUAAAUGUGAAUAAAUUACACAAAAACAGAAGAGCUAUGUUUUAAAAAAAAUGCUAAUGUUGCUAACAAUAAAAAGAAGCUCAUAGCCGAACGUUGUUGAUAUUUAUGUAUUGUUAGUAAAAUUAGCAUGCUUGGAUGAAUCUUCCCUGAAAUCUAUUAGAAAUAAAUAUAUAUGACGGUGA